CUCAGCUGCUCAUUAAUCAGUACAGCGCUGUGCGACAUAUCGGCAGUGUUGACGGCAUUUGACUUGUCUCCGUCAACACAACAAUGGCGGACGCCGCGUUAGAUCCUCUUCAGGGCAGCUGGGACCAGGAUCUGGCUGAGGCUCUGGACUCAGGCAGCUCCGACAUGGAGAUGGAGAGAAGCGUCAUCCAUGUCCAGGAGCGAUCGGCUCAAAAUAAGGCCAAGAUGUGGAAGAUCGCUCUAAAUGUCUCCGGUAAAGGAGACAGCUUGUCUCCCUGGGAUGGCGUCCUCGAUUUACCAGAACAGACGCUCAUUCACAACCGCAGCCAACAGCUGAUUGACCAGCUGGGAGUAUCAGAGGAAGAGAAGAACGAUAUGGCAUCUGACGUCGAGUCGGUCAUCACUUUCUACUGCAAGUCCCGCAACAUCACCUUCACCCCUGAGCUGAGCUGGCCGCACCUGCUAAAACCGCUACUGGGUCUUCACCUUCCCCGCAGCGACCUCUACAACUGCUUCUAUGCCAUCAUGAACAAAUACAUCCCCAGGGACUGCGUGCCAAAUGGUCGACCCUUCCACCUGUACAGACUACUGCUACAGUACCAUGAGCCAGAGCUCUGCUCCUUUUUGGACACCAAAAAGAUCACACCUGACUCCUACGCCAUCAACUGGCUGGGCAGUCUGUUUUCCAGCCACUGCCUUCCUGAUGUUACCCAGGCCUUGUGGGACUACUACCUCCAGCAGGCCGACCCUUUCCUCAUCUUCUUCCUCAUGCUCAUCAUCCUCGUCAAUGCCAAAGAGACCAUCCUUGCACAAGAAGGAGAUAACAAAGAGGACAUCGUCAAAAUGCUAGAAGCAUUCCCUUCCCUCUUGGAAUCAGAAGACAUUGAAGAUUUGUUUUCUCUGGCUCAGUAUUACCAGAGCAAAACCCCUUUGUCGCUCAGAAAGAUGAACCAGAAUCUGUUUGGUAGCAGCUUAGUGGCCCUGAAAGAGGAGGACACUAACCUGAGUCAGGCGCUGUGUCUCCCUGUGUCUGUCCCUGAGAUCCUGCAGGCCAACCAGCUCCAACAGGAGGGGGUACGUUUCUUUGUGGUGGAUUGUCGACCCGCAGAGCAAUAUAAUGCUGGGCACCUGUCUACAGCCUUCCACUUGGACUCUGAUCUGAUGCUCCAGAAUCCAUCUGAGUUUGCUCUCUCUGUGAAAUCCUUGUUGGAGGCACAGAAACAGUCGUUAGAAUCGGGCUCCAUCGCCAGCGGCGAGCACUUGUGCUUCAUGGGCAGCGGGAGGGAGGAGGAGGACAUGUACAUGAACAUGGUGUUGGCCCACUUCCUGCAGAAAAACAAAGAAUAUGUCAGCAUUGCUAAAGGAGGUUUCAUGGCCCUCCAGCAGCAUCUGGUAGACAUGAACAUUGAGGGUCUCGACUCCUCAUAUGUGCACUGGAUUGUCAGCACAUCGGGCUCUCACAGCAGCCUCUGCUCUGCUGAUGGAGAGUCUCUGAGCAGCCCUGGAGACAGCAAAGGUGUUAAGUCUUUGGUCAACAAAAUGACGUUUGCUCUCAAGUCCAAGUCAGUGAACGUAAAGGAGAAGAUGAUCAGUUUCAUUGAGAAUACCUCCACCCCUGUAGACAGAAUAUCUUUCAAUCUACCCUGGCCAGAGAAGGUGGUUCCAGAUCGGCAUGUGAGCAGCAGCGACCGUGUUGGCAAGCCUUACCGGGGGGUGAAGCCCGUGUUCAGUAUUGGUGAUGAAGAGGAGUACGAUACAGAUGAGAUCGACAGCUCAUCUAUGUCAGACGACGACAGGAAGGAGAUUGUCAACAUUCAGACUUGGAUAAACAAACCAGACGUAAAGCAUCACAUUCCAUGUAAUGAGGUGAAAGAGACUGGUCACAUGUUCCCAAGUCACUUGCUGAUCACAGCGACUCACAUGUACUGCCUGAGGGAGAUUGCUUCACGGAAAGGCUUUGCCUACAUCCAGUCCAGACAAGCACUGAACUCUGUGGUGAAAAUCACAUCCAAAAAGAAACACCCAGAACUGAUUACCUUUAAGUUUGGCAGCAACAACUCCACUGGAGUGGAGAUAUCAGCAGUUGAGAGAUAUUUGAUUCCCAACGCAGGCGAUGCCACCAAGGUCAUCAAGCAGCAGAUCAUGAAAGUCCUGGAUGCUCUGGAGAGCUCGUAAGUGGAGAUGACGGGUUUAAGUUGAGGGAUGACGAUGGCCAGCUCUGACACAAACUGUAAGAAGAGUCACCGUCUACCAAGAACGAAGUCUCCUCCCCACUCUCCCUCUUGGACACAACCAGUGCAGUGUUGACUUUGUCUGUGUUGGGGACACAUCACUGACUGUGGGACAGGCUGUGUGUGUUGACAUACUUAGGUGCUCUGUAGUCAUCCAGACACUAUUGUACACUAAAAAAUGUUGGUUAUAGUGUAUGGUUUUCUUUAGUCUUGCUAAAAUAUGGGCUCUCAUUACAGUGCAGUUCCACUUUAGCGAGUUCCCCCUGGCCUUAACGUAGCGUACUGAGCUACCAGCAUCAAACCUGUUCAUUACAUGACUGAGCUUUUUCUUUGACUUGAGCAUCUCAGUUCUGACCCAUUUGUUUUAUAGUGAACAGUACUGCAGUUAAGUCAACUUUUAAUUCACUCUUUACAUGUGUUAAGUAGAUUUACCGAUCCCCUGUUGUGGUCAGGAAGCGAGCAUGAGUCAGCAAACCAAGAGAUGCACAUCCCAAAAACAAACAAAACAAAAGAUCAGCACUGGCACAUGAGGCAGGAUUCCUACUGCAGCAACUGUUUUUGAUAAUAUUUCUUUUCCAACAAGCAGCCUUAAAUCCAAAUAUUUUGAGGGUGUUUAUGAGUGUGUGUGUGUGAUGUAUAUAUUAUGUAAACUGCUCUAUAUCAGCACAGACCUUUGCAAUGUCUUUUUGAAAGCAUAAAUUAUGUAGUGACCUCUAAAAUGGUUCACAUGGUUUUGUUCCCCUUCUUUCUAGAGUAAUCAGCAAGCCUUUUACAGUUUCCUCAGAGAUAAUUUAUUCUCUGCUUUUACAUAUAAUAAUGAGUUAACCUUAUCUCGUAGCAGUCUGAUGUAGCUCUCAGAACGCAGCGUUCACAGCCCCUCUAGACUACAUCAGUAUUAUAACAAGAGGUUCACUGACUGUUCUUAAGAGCCUGAGCACCUCUGUAUUUUCCCAUUCCGAUUGUUUGUAAAUAGUUUUCCCAGUUAAUUAAAAUGUAAAUGUCUAGGUGAUUAUGUUAGCAUCAGUAAGGUUAUUAUUCUAAUUAAAGCAGGGCCAUGCUAGCACCUACCCACUGAGAAAGGAAAGGUCUGUAACAGGAAAUCUGCUUUAAGCACAGCUUUUACAGGAAUGCAAAGCUUAUUUGUAGGAAAGUCAUUAUCAAUAUAUCUGUUAUCAAAUCAGUCCAUUAAGGUGAAUCUAAGCAGCUUUAACCAGCUUGUCACUGUUGCCUCUGGUCUCAAGCCUGUGAUGUGUGACCCUGGCACCUGCAGUGGCAACAUAUUGCAGUGUAUUGCUGCUUCUCCUCUAAUCCUACAUUCUGGCUUUUCCUCACUUUGUUCAUUCUUACUGAUUAAUUUGCAUUGAAAUCCAAAGCUCUAAAGACAUAUAGCACCUUCCUCACAGCUCCAGCUGAUACUUCAGUCCAGAGAAGGUUUAACCAUUUGUAUUCUUUGAUAAAGGGGGAUAGAUAUCCUCAGUAAACCAUAAGACACAUUGAAACUGUGGACAGCAAAAGAAAAAACAAAACUUGAUUUAAAGACUGAGAAAUGUGGUCUCUCUUCGCUCCAGUCUUUCAUACCAUUCCUGAGUAACCCAUGCAUUGUUGUGAUUUUGUGAUAUUUUUCAGUAUUCGCUUGACUGUAACAUCCUUGAUCAGGAGGCUUUACACUACUCUAACAUCACUGGUGAAGGAUAUCAACCACUAGUUGAAAUACAACAGUGUAACAUGCACCUUACUGUGCUGCUAUUAUUUUCUAAGCAUAUCUGUUUUUAAUAAAUGGAGAUUAUUUGAUUGCA